CCCAUCUUCAUACCAUGUCAUUCCCUCAGCCUACCGACCCAGCUCCGAACGGGUACAUCCCCAACCCCUAUACCGCCCUCCUCGAGAUCGCCCUCGCAAAAGUGCAGACCGAGACGACCUCCUCUUCAGGCUGGUCAACCAUCGGCACCCAGGAAGACGUCCUUCUAGAGAAGAAAUACACUGAUUCGGGAUUACCCAUUGUACGUGGGAAGGGUGUUGUGCAAGGCACACUGCCGAGGGAGAUGUUGCAGGCGAUCGCCCUCCCUGGGUGCAGGGAACGCUGGGACGCGCGUUUUGAGACGGGGUUCUCGCUCGAGAAGUACGCGCAGAGCGAGGGCAAGUUUUACACUGGACAAAAAGGAACAUGGCCCGUCUCUGGGAGGGACAUUGUUGGGGCCCAAGCGACUAAGUUCGCAGACGACGGCAGCUGGGUACAGAACGUUCAGACCUCCGUGCCGGAUACCGACCAGACGCCUCCCGUGAACGGGAAGGUUCGCGCAACGCUGGACUUUGCGGGUUGGACGCUCAUGCGUAACGGGGACGACACAGAGGUGACCUACGUUGUGCACAUCAACUUGAACGGUAGUAUCCCUGCCUGGAUCCAGGACCGCAUCGCGACCGAGAUCCCGCUGUGUGUUGCCAAAGCACGGGACUUCUAUCUCGCUGCAGGGGCUCCCCCGCUCGUCUCCACACUCAAGAAAACGGAGCUGUGUCAGGAAACCUUCACCUUUGACAAGAAAGAAUGGCAGGCGGUUUUUUUGAGCAAGGGGGAUGAGGAGUUCAACAUCGCUGUGGACGAGAAACGGAUGUUCCGAGAUGGAUGGGAGGCAAGAUUAGAGGGAGACGAAGCGGGGAACGUCCAGCUGAUCAAGAGGCAAGGCGAGCUGGUGGUGAAAGUCGCCCCAGAGGCAAGUGGGAAGAAGUUUGAGCUGGUCGUUGGACCCGCGUCUGCGGUGUGAGGACGCCUUGUGCAAGGGGCAUAGGACUCAAGUGAUUGUCAGACUAGAAGGCAAAGUGUCCCGCUAUCAAACUGAAACACAUGCGUCACGUGAUCACACUUCCGUCUUCCGCGUCAUCACCACAUUGUUUUGGCGCGGCCGGGCUGUCAAAAAAUUGUCUGGUGCCGGAUCCUGCGCCGUGCUGGAAUGGACUAUCCGAACGCGACCCAGCCGCUAAGGGUUCGACAUUGUGGGUGAACCCAAGGCGUUGUCGAAGGCCAUUUGAAACAGUCAGUCCAUUUGAAACAGUCAGUCGUUUGAAAAAAUUCAGUCAUGGACCGAAUCUUCGGCAAUGACCGAGUCGGUCAAGUCCCGCACGCAGUCCUUAUGCGACGCGACUGUGGCAGUUACGAACGACGUAUUGGGCCGAGCUUCCAACGGCAGUUUACUCGAUACCAACAACCCUCCUCCCUCAAACUCAUGCUGCACCGCUACUUGUAUACAAAACUCGUCAGCUACCCCAAAUUGGUGCCAGAAUAACAGGGACCAAGUUAAUUAUAAAAUCAAGACCACUCGAAAUCAUCGCGAAAUCGUUGUGGUUGGCCUCCUGGACGCGGCGGGUGGAUUUCUUGUCGAUUUAGUUCAGUUGGCACAACA